CGAAAAUGUGAGGUUACAAUAAAUGUCACUGUCUAAUUAGAAAAUGCUCCAAUAGUGUGUAAAUUAGAUUUACUUUAUACAAUUAUUUACAAAUUAAAUUUUUUUUAUAUUUAAUUUUUCACAAACAUUUUUACACACUAACCAUGGACUAUCCAACUCCCUGUACCAGUGCCGACUUUUCCAAUACGAACGUAAAAAAACCAUCACCCAAAUAUCAAGAUGUAACUAAAGAAUUCCUUGAAGCUGUAAAAGAUCUCAAACUCGGCGAACUGUUACACGACGAACAGUUCGGGCUUUUCGAAGCAAUGUCUGCAAUAGAAAUGAUGGAUCCCAAAAUGGACGCUGGAAUGAUUUGCAAUAGGGGUGUUCGAAAAAUUAAAUCAUUCGAACAGGCAAUCAAAGAUAAGACGUUAAAAGUAGACAAUUUCACUGAUGGUGAACUAAUAGGAAUUAUUGAUAAUACUUUAGCUUGUCUAGUUUCGUGGCUUGAGGGCCACUCUCUUGCUCAAACUGUCUUUAUUAAUUUAUAUCUCCAUAAUCCAUUUCUUAUAGAAGACAAAACACUGAAGGCGUUUUCUUUGUCGGUGUAUAAACUACUGGAAAUCAUUAAAGACUUCAUUUGCAAAGCAAUGGUUUAUGAAGAGGAGGACUUCCAACCAAUGCAAUACGGGUAUCAUAUUUUUCCUGACAUUUCUGAGCAGAGAAUGAUCGGAAUGCUAAGGGAGGUAGAGGAGGAUUUGCACAGGAAAACUAGGAUGAAAAUUACAGAGACUGAAACUAGGGCUGUGUUUGCCAGAAUAAAGUUUGUGAGAGUUUUGCUGCAGUCUUUAAUAUUGUUACGUAAGGAUGACAUGCAAUCAAUUCAGGAUUGCCAGAGGCUCCUGGUCACUGCCUUAGAUAUGCUGUAUUUGAUGAAGGACACUGUGGAGCUGGGUCAUCACUGUGAUGAUGUGGAGAGUGAACACAAGCUCGGAUUUGAACCUUCAAUAAAUCAAAGACUAUUACCCCCAACUUUCCCCAGGUAUACUAAAAUAAAAUCACGGGCUGAGGCAAUACAUUACUUUAUUGACAUGACUGAAAGGUUCAAAGUUGUAUGUAAAAUACAAGGAGUUACUCUACUACAUCAGGCUCUGGAUUUUUUCAUAGACUUUAGUAAAACUGGGCCGUGUAUUCUGUCCAGAUCGGCCUUACAGCUAAUGUAUCCAGGAACAACGAUCGCCAACUUACGGGACAUACUAAAAGAAGCAGUCAAGACGUUUAUCUGUCCGCCGGCUCUAGUCUCGAAAGCUUUACUGAACAACUUCCAAGCACGUCAAUGCGUUGACACUUUCCUAAUCCACUGUGCAAGGCCUUUUGCUAAUUUUUUACAGCUUUGUGGACACAACCGUGCCCGACAAAGGGACAAGCUGGCACACCUAUUGGAAGAAUUCACCACUUUACAGGACGAGGCCGAACGAGUCGAUGCAUUUUUGCAUAAUAUCUCGGUGCAGUCCCCAAUUUCCAGACCGCACGUCGCAUGUUUCGGUACGUGGAUUCUGUAUCACACUUUACGGAUUAUGAUCAUGUACCUAUUAUCCGGUUUCGAGCUCGAAUUGUACAGCGUACACGAAUAUUAUUAUAUUUAUUGGUACUUAUUCGAAUUUUUAUACGGGUGGCUCACUUCGGCUUUAUCGAGGGCCGACAGCUUUUUGGUUGAGAACGAAAUAAUACUGGAGUUGCAGAAGAACAAGGGGGCAAUCAAGAAAAAGUCCAAGUACAAAAAGAGACCCAGGCCUUACAAUCGCCACAUCAUUUAUUUACAAGCUUUACAAAACAUGUGUGGAGGAUACUACAAAGCACUAAUGGGUUUCAGACUGGAAGACAAACUAAUGACGCCACAUCCGAAAUUCGAUAACGAACAGGUGAGGUACGAACAUCGAUUUGCUCCAUUCCAAAACUUAUUGACGCCUCCGCCAGUGGUCUAUUCUGAGUUUAAAGACAUGACGUCGCUAGAAAGAUUUCAACAGCAACCAGUCGAUAGCUGUUUCUUGUAUAUCGCCGGCUGUAAACAUUUUCAUCAAGCCAGACAACUUUUGGAAAAUUGCGCACAAGACAAUGAGGUCGCCGACUUGUUGAGAAUAUCUAAAAUGAACUUCAUCGUUUUGAAAUUGUUGGCGGGCGGUCAUAAAAAGGAUGCAAAGACGCCGCCGAUUUUUGAUUUUUCUACCAACAAACACUUCGCAAUUAUCAAGAUUAAUUAACGGUACGAUUAGGCGUAAUUGAUAAAAACUUGUUAGGUAAAGGAAAUGCAGGGAUUUCACUAGUAUGGCAUUGGCAUUUCAAAAAAUAGGAUGUAAUUAUAUUAUUAAUGUCUUCAA